AUGUCUAAAGAAACUGUAAAGGAAGAUAAACCUAAAACCUCCUCGGCUCCUCCAGCUUCUUUGAUUCCAGUUCAACCAACAGCUUUGAGUUCAAAGGAUAAAGUUACUGAAAGAUUAAUUGUAGUUUUAUCCCAAGCAUGUUUGGAAACUCAUAAAAUAUCGUCCGGUGGAUCUGGUGAUAAAUAUGCUUUAUUGAAUUGUGAUGACCAUCAAGGGUUAUUGAAGAAAAUGGGAAGAGAUAUUGCUGAAGCUAGACCUGAUAUAACCCAUCAAUGUUUAUUAACUUUAUUGGAUUCUCCUAUAAAUAAAGCGGGAAAGUUACAAGUAUAUAUUCAAACAGCCAGAGGGGUACUAAUUGAAGUCAAUCCAUCAGUAAGAAUCCCUAGAACCUUCAAAAGAUUCAGUGGUUUAAUGGUUCAAUUAUUACACAAAUUGAGUAUCAGAUCAGUCAAUUCUGAAGAGAAAUUAUUGAAAGUCAUCAAAAACCCUAUCACUGACCAUUUACCUACCAAAUGUAGAAAAAUCACAUUAUCGUUCGAUGCUGAGAUUAGGAGAGUUCAAGAUUAUGUUGAAACUUUAGAUGAAGAUGAGAGUAUCUGUGUAUUUGUUGGAGCUAUGGCCAGAGGUAAAGAUAACUUUGCUGAUGAAUUUGUUGAUGAAAAAAUCGGUCUUUCGAACUAUCCAUUAUCAGCAUCAGUUGCUUGUUCGAAAUUCUGUCAUGGAUGUGAAGAUGUCUGGAGCAUUUAUUAG